AACAUCGUCGUCACCGCAUAAACUGCGACGUGGCCGAGCACACCACAACCCAGCAGGCAUCGUAGCUGCACUUUUCCUGGCUAAUCUCUUCUCCGAGAACCAUAGUAGUAGCACAAACACCCCCAAAUUUAUCUCUUUCCUCCACUCCCCCUCUGUUCUCCGGCUUUACAUUCGUCUCUUGCCCGCCAUGUCUGCCCCUCCUCAACUGAUCCACAUCAAGCGGAAGCGGGGGGAUGAGGAUGCGCCGGUUACCUACCUUCAGCUUGAGCCGGGAUCCAAAAGGCACUUGGCCGGCAGCAGUUGGGUCUACCAAAGACGCCUAGCAAAAGCCACCGCCAGGUCCGCCGCUGCCGCUGCCGCCCAGCAUGCCGCCGCCCACCGCAAGCCCAUCAUCCAGACGUCGAAGCCCGGCGACGAGAUUGCCAAUCCCGAUCGCCCUCCCAACUCCAAUAUCCAACCCGCAUCGUCGAGCCAUGCGCGAUCCGCAGCGAACGCAGCGCCCGGCGCGCAGUCGCCAACACUGCCAGCCGAGGCACCGUCACAGCGCCCAACGAACCCUUCCGUCGAGCCGAGACGAUUCCACAUGUCCAGGUCGGCCAUGAGUUCCCCCAGCGGCAGCACGAUACUCAAGGCCGGCGGCGUCUCCAAGCGCGGACGCUACGGGACCGCCGUCUUCGUCGAAAGGGGAAAGAAGAAGAACGCGCGGAGAGCGCUCGACAAGCUCGGCGCGGACGGAAAGGCCGUCGCCCUCGCCUCUGGGGACAUCAACACCAAAGAGGAAGACAAACCGGCGCCCAAGAAGCCCCUCGCGAAACGCCCGCCCCGGCCCGCGGCGCCCAACGUCGACGCGGAGCGCAAGCCCAUGCCCAGCACCGCGCCAACCCAGGACCUCACCAAAAUAGCCGCCGAUAUGGACCAGUGGGUCCUGCACGAGAUCGGUCUGAAUCUCAAGGCCAUGGAAAACCGGCCCGCGCCGCCCGCCGCCGCGUCGCCGUCCCGCUUCAAGCCCAAGGCCCCGGUCAAGCGCUUCGCCGAGCGGCACCCCGAGCUGGCGAGGGAGCUCGACGGCGCCGACCGGGACGAGGAGAUGGCCGAGGCGAGCGGCGGCGACGAGGAGAGCAGCGACGACGACUACGUCAUCGAGGUGUAUGAGCUGGCGCCUCUGGAGCCCGUGCUGGCCGAGAUCCCGCCCGAGGAGAUUGGUGUGCUCCGCUUCGACACGCAGGAGGACAUGGAGCUAUUUUACGGGAACGAGGACGACGAUUCCGACCUCGACGACGACGAGGACGAGAAUGCCGAGAACCACUACACGGCAGAUUACCCCGAGGACGAGGUAGACUCCGAGGACGAGUACGACCGGCACGCCUACCUCUUCCGCAACGCAAACGCCUCGGACGAGGAGGAGUUCGACUUCCGCGACCAGGCCUCGGACGACGACGACGACAAGUACGCCAUGGAGGGCGACGAGAAGCGCGACGAGGACGACGUGUUCCAGGACAAGAUCCGCCGGUAUAUCCGCCAGCACGGCGCCCACUGAGCCGAGGGGGGGGGGGCGUGCGAAAAGGUCAUGGUAGUUAGUAGCUAGCUCGCUUUCGCAAGUGAGCAAAACAUGAUAUCCGAGUGGAAGCUCUCAUAAUGGAAGCGGCUUCCCCAACAAGUCAAACAAAUAAGCCUCGCGGACGGAAUGGCACAUGUGGACAAUGUGAUAUGUGCAAUUGAAAUGGCUCCAACAGUCCUAGUAAAGUACAUGGCACCCACCCGCCCUGGGCGACAACGCCACGCGAACCUGCCCACUUCCACAACACUGUUCCGAGGGAAUCCUCGAAUCCCACGUUGGGGAUUAAAAUGCCCAGCUCUCGGCCAACCAACGUCCCAAGUCCUAAAAUGUAAGCCUUCUCCUUGAACACCAUACAAAAGAAAGGAUUGCAUGCUGUGGUGAUGCUGCUGCUGCUGCUGCUGGUAAUAGGAGCGUGCGAUUCAAGGGCUGGAUGAAAGUGACGCCUUUCCUAAUGCGUGACACCGAAGUCGUCCGUUCGA